UAAUUUGUUGUCUUUUGUUUAUACGCAUUAAAAACGUCGAAAUCCCUUUAAAAUGGCCGAGGAAAUCGACGACAAUGAGUUUUACCGGGAGAACUUCAGUGCCGACUCCGAUUGGGAGGUGUUCAAUGCCCAGCUGGGCGAGAUCCUCCAAAAAUGGGACGUCUCCGGGGAGUCUGACGUGGGCAGGAUUCUCAAACCCGAGGAACUCUACACCUGCAAAUGGAAGGUGGAGAGGCAAACGCUGGAUAUGCUGAAGAAUGGCAUAGAAGUGGAGCACCACCAGGCCAUCCUGGAGGAUGAGCAAGUGGCCAGGGAGGAGAUCAAAGAGAAUACCUGCCUGCAGCGCACCAAUUGCCACCAUGACCUCAUUGCCAGCGGAAAUAGCUUUGGUCCGCCGAUAAGAAGCUCCCAGGAUCUUCACAUUCUGGCCAGGAUCUACGGUCUGCGACGGUUUAUAGUCCUGCAUCCCGUGAAUCCCAGUCUCAACUACAUGAAGUCCACCUCGGAGUUCAAUUUCUUUCUCAGCGCCAUCGCCGUCGUGUCCGCCGAAGUUCAGAGCGUCGUUCCCAUCUUUGUGCAGAUCUACGAUCCCAAAUGGAACUACUACACGGGCGUGGCCUUAGCUCCAGCUCUGAGGACCAAUUUCCGGCUCAUUGGACUGGAGAAGGCCCCGUCCGAGUGCCGUUUCCUGAUGGGCCUGCUCACCCUGUUCAGGGAAAAGGUUCCAACCUCCUAUAACCAGGCUGCCAUGAUCUCCGUUUGCACCACAUAUGCUCUGGACACCAUGCGCAUCCGCAUGCCCAUGUAUGUGCCAUUCGACCAUGGCCUCAGUUCCGAGGAUAUUGUAGUCGACGGAGAGGUUGCGCACCUGGAGCUUCAACAGUUCUACGCUCUGCCACAUGGCUAUACACCCGAGUCGUGUACGGAAAUCUAUUUAGUUUACACCUGGCCAGAGUUAUCCGAGCACGUGGCCUUCGACAGCGAACAGAGGAGCGAUUUUGUGCCCUCCAAAGCUCCGCUGGGCAAGGUUUACCUCUCCGUGGAGGCCUCCUCCUAUCUCUCCUGCUGCCUGAGGGAUUAUCAGUCUGUUGCGGGAGUUACACGUUCCCUGGAGUCCUUUGUGGGCAGGAACUUCUCAGGCACAAGCAGCGGAGCAGAGGGAGGUGCUAAUCCCCUGGAUCGCAUCACCGAAAACAAACUGACCAAGCGCAGGGAACGGAGUUACGAGCUGCCCUCGCAGGCGGGGUUAACAAAACGUUUGCCUGGUCCCAUGACUGAAAGCGAAUUGAGUGAACUUUUGGCCUACCUUUUCCCUGAUAUGCAUCCCGAAAUGGCGCUGUAUCCCUACUCCAAAAAGAGCUUUAAGGAGAAGUUCGAUCCCAUGCGAAUUAAGAGCGCUGUUCCCGAUUCGUUGGUCUGCCGCCUUAGCUGCCUUUUGGCCACCUGCCACGCCCACUUGGGCAGCGUAGAGGGCAUGGCUCAAGUGUGGGCGGCUUUCACCCGUCAACUGCGAUUGCUGUGGGAUAACUGCCUUACCGUUCCGGGAAUUUCCGCUGGCUUUCCCGACACGCGCACCUGUCUUCUCCACCAGAAACUGCAGAUGCUCAACGUUUGCGUGGAGCGUCGCGUGCAACGGGAGGCGAAUAGCAAACGAAAAUCCGAGGGGAUGAUGCGGAAAGCCAGUUCCGAGGAAGACGAAGACGAAGAGGAUGAGGAGGACGAUGACGAGGGGGAGUUCUUCGACUGCGAUGAUCUGACUGCCGGUUCUGGUUCCCCAACAAAAGCGGUACUUAGUUUGAAGCCCGAGGGUCGAUUGAGGCGUUUGAACGAUGAGAGAUUGCUGGAGGAACCCGAGGAGUAUCUUUAUAUACCCGAAACCCAGGAUCCUGUCCCAAAAACCGAGGAUCAGCUGCAGGAUGAUGCCGAAGUGAUGCUGAAAUUGGGACCAGGUUCGGGGUUAACCACCCAAAUGAUGUGUACUUCACUGCUCUCAGAUAUGGAAGCCUUCAAGGCUGCCAAUCCCAGGGGCGCCAUGGAGGACUUUAUACGCUGGUACAGUCCCAAAGAUUGGGAGGAGGUCACUGAUGAACUCGGUCAAGUGAAUCAUCAGUUGAGCAUUCGGAUGACCACUGAGGGCAAUACCUGGCAGAAAGUCUGGGAACAGGCUCAAGCGGUUCCUAUAAGCAGACAAAAAAGACUUUUUGACGACACCAACGAAGCUUUGAAGGUUCUUCACUAUUUCGAGACCCGAAAAAUGCAUGAGAUUUACCAUCUGACCAUAGUUCCUCUACUGCACUCGGCUAUACUAAAACUAAUAGACAUUCUAUGCAAUGCCAAAGUGGAGGAUUUAUUUAGCCCUCAAAUUGAGCAACUUCUUACCGAUCUUUGCCGCCUCUCACGCUCUCAUUCGGAUCAACUUCCCCCGUUAAAACCCUUUUUAGAUGACCUCGCCGAGUUGGAACGUCGCUUCUACCAGUUUAAGUGCUUCGAACGGCUAUCGGGAUAUCCGAAAAGGAGCUCUCUGCAACAGGUGAAACUUCAGUUCCAGGAGAUCCUGCGCAACGAGAACUGUUGUACGAUUGUAAAUCGAAGACUGACGGCAGCUGGGGAUGGCACUUUGUACGACAUCCUCAUACCUAAAUUAGAGGAGGAUAUGACUGAUAGACUGAUCAGCAAGGAUUAUAUCAUACGAUUGGAUGGGGACACAAAGAGCUCAGAGAAGGGAUUGUAUUUGGGUCCACAGUUCAUGAGGGCCAUUGUCACGGGCGAGAAACUGAGACUUUGUGGAGCUUUUACAGAAAGUACUGCUUUUGUUUAAAAAAUAAAACUUUUAAUAUUUAGUAAACUAUAAGAAAACUAAUUAAAUUAGAAGAGCAAAGCAGGACAUACAUAAAUUGUAAUCAAAA